CAUCUCACAGUAUGGGGCUCUGUCAUAUGCUUGCUCUUGUAUUGGUAUUCUCCACCAUAGAUGCAGCCAGAACACGGAAGGAAUCCACAUCCACAGACUGUAGUGCUGUGGGGUGUUCACAUUCCUGUGAGGCUGUGGUAGAGUUGGUGCCUCCACAGUGUACAUGUCCAGCAGACAUGACUCUAGCUAGAGACGACAAGACUUGCACAGUUACUCACUUCCUGCUGGCAAUGUUCCGAGCUAUCAAGCUGUUCAAGGGUGAGGAUGAUGCAGUCAUAGCUCCAGUGAAGGCAAGAUGUCUGGACUACCAUUAUGACAGGAGGGAGGUGUACGCCUACACCAACAAAACUAUCAUUAGGUACUCCUACGGGAGGAAGAUUGCGCUGCCAGCCCAUAUAGUUACCAGGCCAGAAACAGCCGUCACCAGCCUGGCGGUGGACUGGCACAAUGACCUGGUGUACUACAUAGCUGACCAGCAGUCCGUGGUGUAUGUGAUAUCUCGCGAGGAGGCCGACUCUCGGGAAGUCCUCAGUCACAACAACUCUGAUAUUAGCCCAGGCUGGCGGGAACUCAGGGUGGACCCUUACAGCAAAUUGUUGUUCUGGGUUGGAGACAGUGGAGUUUUCCAGUACAGUGAGCAGAGCAAGACGUUGUCACAUGACAUGUUCUUUGGUUGGUUACGUCCUGUGGACAGCAUCUCCCUGGAUGUGACUGAAGGGAUAAUAUACGCCAUCGGACGCAGGAACAACUCCACAAACAAGUUUAUCAUCAGCACUAAGCAAUACAGCUUACUGGGAAAGUAACCACGAUGGAAAAAACAUUUACAAGUGCAACCUGGAGACAGAAAAGACUCCAGUGUCACCUGUCGUAGUGGCAGAACUGAACCAGAUUGUUUAUGAUAUGAAGAUUGUCCAUAAAGACAUACAAACUUCCUCUUUGCAUGGCAAUUGAACAUUUCUCCAACAGUAGUUAUAAUGUGAAUAUGUUAAUAAUUCACAGAAUUAAUAAAAUAUUUAUGAAACAUAA